UCUGUUGAAUAAUUCUAUUGUUGAUAAACUUUCCAAUUUGUUUUAAAACGUUAAGAAACUACAAGUUUAAUGUCAUAUCUCGUAAGAUUUCAUCACGUUAAACGUAUCACAGCGUGGAAUUCUAGAUUAGCAGAUUGUACAACAUAAGUAUAAAGCUUAAGUUUCCAGUGGACACAUCAUCAGGUUAUAGACGAAGCAGCUUUCUCUAUUUUGCCACUUACACUUUAAUCAGUGGCAUGUCGAAAAUAAUUGUCGGAAACGGUCCGGCUUCAGCAGUCGAGGAGAAAAAUUAUGAGACAGGUGGUUAAAAGUACCCCAAUAAUCGUUAAUUUCAUGGAAAUGUUAAUAACGUGCACGAAGAGAAAUUAUGCGUUUUCAAUGAUCCAUUGACAUCGGAAUUAAAGCACAGUUUGCAGCAUAGCGGAAGCACCCGAAGAAAUCAUGUCUAUGUCGAAAGAGGAAAUUAAUCAGCUGAUUGCGUCAAACAGUGUAGUGAUAUUUUCUAAAACAAAAUGUCCUUAUUGUAAAAUGGCUAAACAGGUGUUUGAUAAUUUGCAUAAAAAAUAUAUAGCUAUCGAGCUGGAUGAGAGAGAGGAUGGCGAUAAGAUCCAAACUAUAUUGGGUGAAAUGACAGGUGCCAGAACAGUACCCAGAGUGUUUGUAAAAGGAGUGUGCCUAGGAGGUGGGACAGACGUGAAGAAAUUGUACGACAAUGGAGAGUUGGAAAAGAAAUUUUAAUAUGCUACCUCUGUCAAUUCUGUAUCACAAGAUUCUACAUUAUUUAUUGG